AUGUCAACAUCAACAUCAACAAUACCAAUACCAACAAUGUCUAAUCAAUUGUAUCAACAAAAUCCAACUUUCAAUAAUAAUUUACAAGCAAAUCAAAAACAUACUACUCAAGAAAAUAAUUAUCUUCAUCAACAGCAAGCUCAUCAAAAUUUUGCUCCAUCAAUAUCAGAUAAUGAUGAUACAAUAUCAUCUAGUUCUGAUGGAACUACUAAAAAUUUUGCAAUAUCCAAAUCUGCAUUGAAAAAUUGUAAGAAAUAUUUGGAGAAGAAAUCAAACCAUCUGGUUUGA